CCGAUAUCAGCCGUCGCGACUUCCAUCACCCGUCGCGUUCGACAGUUUCCCAUCCAGUUGCUUGAUCUGUAGACUCGUGCACCACACACAUUCUCUCCACUCGAAUCGCCCAUCAUGUCGGAACAGCCUAAGCCUCUCCCAUUCGUCUACCAGUUCAUCGCUGGUGCCGUCGCUGGUGUUUCAGAGAUUCUUGUCAUGUACCCAUUGGAUGUCGUAAAGACAAGAAUCCAGCUUCAGAGCUCGACCGCUACUGGUGAGGAGGCCUACAACAGCAUGGUCGACUGCUUCCGCAAGAUUGUCCGCAAUGAGGGUUUCUCAAGGCUGUACAGAGGUAUUGAGGCUCCCAUCCUCAUGGAAGCUCCCAAGAGAGCAACCAAGUUCGCUGCCAACGACGAGUGGGGCAAGUUCUACCGUAACCUCUUCGGCAUGACCAAGAUGACCCAGGGUCUUUCCGUCCUGACUGGCGCUACCGCUGGUGCCACCGAAUCAUUCGUCGUCGUCCCCUUCGAGUUGGUCAAGAUCCGUCUGCAAGACAAGGCACAAUCACACAAGUACAACGGUCUGGUCGACUGUGUGCGCAAGGUCAUCCAGCAAGAGGGACCUCUCACCCUAUACCAAGGUCUGGAGAGUACAAUGUGGAGACAUAUUCUGUGGAAUGCUGGUUACUUUGGCUGUAUUUUCCAAGUCCGUGAGCUCCUUCCCAAGGCUGAGACCAAGAAGGCGCAGGUCUUGAAUGAUCUGGCGUCUGGUGCUGUUGGUGGUACUGUUGGUACAAUCUUGAACACUCCCAUGGAUGUCGUCAAGAGCAGAAUCCAAAACUCCCCCAGAGUGCCUGGAGGUGUACCAAAGUACAACUGGGCCUGGCCUGCUCUUGGCACGGUGUACAAGGAGGAAGGCUUCAGCGCUCUCUACAAGGGUUUCCUGCCCAAGGUCUUGAGACUGGGUCCCGGAGGUGGUAUCUUGCUUGUCGUCUUCACAGGUGUCAUGGACUUCUUCAGAAAGAUGAAGGAAAACGAGAUCUAAAAGAGGUCAUGUAUACCAAGCGUGUGUCUCUAUCCCACAAAAGUCUCCGAGUAUACAAGAUAUACAGAACCUUUGUAGAAACUAUGAACAGUACGACUCAUGUAAAUUUCCGAAUUGAACAAGAUUGGCAAAACUGCGCAAAGCUUUUGAAAUAGUCGAGGCCAGGAGGCGUAAUUCAUGGCGUAUGUUGAUCGACAUUACCAUCGG